AUAUUAAAUAAGAGUCGACGGUAAUGUUGCAGAUGAUGAUAAGUAGAGUGGACAUACAUGCUGCCUCAGUUCUUGUUGUUCACUUCUUCAGGACUUGUACACUGAAGAAGACAUACAAUGGCUUCUCUUCGUUUUGUGGUGAUCCUGGGAUCCACCAGAGAGGGAAGACUCGGGGAGAACGUCGCCAAGAAUAUUAUCAAGUGUAUUAAAGAGAGGAACCAUCAUGUCGAGUUUAUUGAUCCUCUGAAGUUGGGUUCAAAUGGUCACAUCGAACAACCUCUACAUUUCCGCAAGGAUCCAAGUCAAGCACCCGAGUGGAUGAUCAGUACUAAUGCUAAGAUUCAACAGGCCAAUGCCUUCAUCAUUGUGACACCGGAGUAUAACUGUGCACUGCCUCCUGCACUCACAAGUAUCAUGGAUCAGUUCCCACCAGCAUCUUACAGACACAAGCCAUGUGCCAUAGUAGCUUAUUCCUUAGGUACGUUUGGUGGAAUCCGAGCUGCUGCCUUUGCUCGCCCUUUCCUUAGUGAGCUUGGAAUGAUUAGCACACCUUAUGCUUGUGUUAUACCUCAGGUACAAGGGAAGUUUAAUGAUGAUGGAGAGUGCACAGAUGACAGAAUAAAGAAGAAUGUGGAAAAACUCAUGGAUGAAAUUCAGUGGUAUGGAUUAGCCAUAUCUGACAAGAUUAAGGCUGAUGGUGUCCCUUCAUAAUGCAUAUUAUGCUGGAACAUUUUAGUACUUGUUGAUCUUUCAGUUACUUAUUGUAGAAUUAUACUGCACAAUUCAAUCUUUCUGAAGUGUAUUUGUAGUGAGAAAUAAUAAAGAAGUAUAUAGGACAUAGGUAAAUAAAAGCUGUGAACCAGUCUUAUCUAUUCAAAAUGUAAAAAGAAGCAUUUGUGCCUUGCACUUUAUUCCAAAAUAAUUUUAUCUCUAAUUUUUGUUUAAAAUUCUUGAGGGAAUAAAGGCACAUAUAACAGUAUAAGUCAGCAUUAUAAUAAUGUAUCCGUUACGGGCAAUUUUAUUAAGUUAAACUGAAAAUUUGUAAGCUAUUCCUUGUAUGAAGUGUCUGGUCAGGUGAAUGCACAAGGCAUGGAAGCGGUGUUAUAUACAAAAAAAGCAGUGAGGUGGAGAUGUGAACAAAUGAUAGGGAUGGGGUCGGGUCUGUGCAAUUCCAGUUCUGGUGGAGUAAGUAAUGUGCCAGACGUAUAGCUUUUUGAAAGUUGGCCUGGUUUGGGAAAUAGUGUUAGAGGCAGCAAUCAGGAUGAAUCCUAGGCACUUUUUAUCUGUAAUGAUUACCACCUCUGACACUAUUUCCAUAAACCAAGACCAAUGCAGCUUUUAGUUACUAAACCUAUAGAACAUUACCUGUUACCCCAAAAAUAAAAUUGCAGAGCCCUGAUGUAAUGGCCUUACCCCCUUCCUUUGUUCUAAUUAUCUUCACCUUACUGCUUUUAGCAUAUACAGUAUAUGCUUUGUUUCUGUAUUCUUUAUUAGCUUGAUAAAGCUUAUGUGUCAGAAAAACAUUAUUACAUGUAUUGGUAAUUAAUCAAGGUUCCAUAGUGCUUCGAUGUCAGUUCUUUGUAACUCUAAACUGGUCAGAUGAAGAAUGAGGAGAGGACCUGGGUUAUGUGACUUAUGCUGCUGCAUGGAUGAGGUCACAUGCUGCCAGGUGAGAGGAGAAUUUGGUAAAGAGGUUUUGCUCUAUAGUACUUGAAGUCAAUGAAAGCAGCCUCCAUAAACUUUAUCCUGAGCCUGUUAUCUUCAUGUAGUAUGAGUGUGUGGUUGUGUGUCUACAUUGCAAACAUGGUACUAUGGGUUCUACAUGCAUAUUUAUGUUGUAGGAGUAGUGUCUUGAGAUUACUGACUGUUUACCCCAUAUGUAGAAUAGAAUUUAUGGUAUCUGGGACAGAGAAUGGUGCAGCCUUCAACUGUAUUGUAGAUGCACUGCAAAUACAGGGCCUAGUGAUGUCCUUAAAGCUUUUUGAUGAAACCACAGCUAUGUUAAUUUUAACUUAAUGGAGGAUGGUUGCAACAUGGCUGUUGAAUUUAGAUUUCUUUUUUAGGGGUUUUCCAGGAUAGGAUGUACCUUUCACCCACAGUCCAUAAUAAUUGGGGAAGUUUAUUUCUCCCUGAAGUCAACAUGUGUAGAUUUUCCUGCUGGUAGUAUUGCCAUUGUAGUUGUAACUACAAUGGAAGUGGCUGUAGUUUCAUCAAAAAUCAUUAAGGACACCACUAGACACUGCAUCUGUAAUACAUCCAGAAUCUGCCAUCCCUUGUGCUAGAUGCAGUAAAUUCUUCAUAAGGGAAAAUAUUUGAUGAUCUCAAGACACAAUUAGAACAUAAAUAUAGACACAGAACACACCAUACCAAUGCAUGCGUGACACACACAGAGGAGUCCACACAUCUUUUGGUUUGGGACAACCUAGCUCAUACCACUUGAUGAUGACAGGCUCAAGAUUAGAGUAUUAUAGACUUAAAAUAUUAUAGAGGAAAACCAAGGCACAUUCACACUCAUAAAAUCUCACUCAGCUUCUCCUACAUCAGCUGCCAGCAUGUGAUCUCACCCAGGUGACAGCAGCAGCAGGGCAAGUCACAUAAUCCAGAUCCUCACUUCACUCAUCUGACUGAAUGGUCUGUAUAAGUAGUUUACAAGGUCUCUGUUUAACUUGAUAAUGCUUAUCUCUAGUGAACCAUUACAAUACAGGCCUGUGCUCUUUUAUGUGUCUUUAUCCACUUGUCAAGUCAACCAAAGACAUUUCAAAUUGUAGAUAUUAUCCAUUAAUUAAAAAUAACUACGAAAAUUCUAAUGGAAAUUGGUUAUCGCCAAUCAGCCCAUGGAGACAUGCAAUAAGAGCACUGUAUAUUUUAGCCUACCACUGAGGCUUUGCUCCAGUUUUAGCCUAUUUUAUUACCUCUUCAGGCUUGUUAAAUAAUAUUAUUUGGAUAUUUAUACCAAGGCAUAUUUUUUUUUAGUUUGAUCUUUAAAAGUGGAGAGUGAUGUGGCAAACAUUCUCAUACGGUGAGAGGAACACCGCACACAGUGAUGCUAAAUAUAUGAGGUCCAUUAGUUCUGUUGAUGCAUGUGUGUGAUUUAAUUUUUAGUAUAUUGGGUGCACAUGUUUAUUGAAGUUUUAAAAUUUUACAUAUACUCAAUUGAGCAAUAAUAAAUUAUAUAACACAGUACAGUGGACCCCCGGUAUUCGAUAUUAAUCCAUUCCUGAGAGCUCAUCGAAUACCGAUAAUAUCGAAAACCGAAUCAAUUUUCCUCAUAAGAAAUAAUGAAAAUCAAAUUAAUCCGUGCAAGACACCCAAAAGUAUGAAAAAAAAAAUUUUACUACACGAAAUAUUAAGUUUAAUGCAAUAGAAUAAUUACAAUAAAAAUAAAAUAAUUGACACUUACCUUUAAUGAAGAUCUGGUGAUGAUUGAUGGGAUGGGAGGAGGGGAGAGGUGUUAGUGUUUAGAAGGGGAAUCCCCUUCCAUUAGGACUUGAGGUAGCAAGUCCUUUUCUGGGGUUACUUCCCUUCUUCUUUUGAUGCCACUAGGACCAGCUUGAGAGUCACUGGACCUCUGUCGCACAACAAAUCUGUCCAUAGAGCUCUGUACCUCCCAUUCCUUUACGAUUUGUCUAAAAUGGGCCACAACAUUGUCACUGUAAUAGUCACCAGCACGGCUUGCAAUAGCUGUGUUAGGGUGAUUUUCAUCCAUAAAGGUUUGCACUUCAACCCACUGUGCACACAUUUCCUUAAUUUUUGAAGUAGGCACAAUGGAUUCCACAACUGGCAUAGGCUUCUCAGGGUUAGCCCCAAACCCUUCAAAAUCUUUCUUAAUUUCCAUACUAAUUCUCAUCCUUUUUACCACAGGGUUGGCACUAGAAGCUUUCUUGGGGCCCUUGGUGACUUACUUUGCAGAAACAAGCACCAAACACAGUGAUAAUAUGGAUAAUAUGGAAUGUACCGAAUGUAUCCUUAGAUGCGCGCAUACUGGCUGGCUUGUAAACACUGGCACACAUGGGGCAGUUCAGGCCACACGUGGACAGGUCUCGUACGAAUCGUAUCGAAUACCGGGUUUUCGAUCGAAUACUGAGGAAAUUUUUUUGCGAUAUAAUGCAUCGAAUACCGGAUUUAUCGAAUACCGAUGCCAUCGAAUACCGGGGGUCCACUGUAUAUAAAAGUUUAAAUUUAUAAGAGAUUUAAUAAAUCUAUAAAAAAAAUUUAUCCUGUACUUUAUUCAUGUGACUAAAAUAGUAAAGUUAAAAUAAUAUAUACAGCUGUAACAGUGUUCAUGUAGUGAUGGGGGUACACAUUGACAGGUAUGCUGCAUAUCUUUGUGUAAGUACACAGAUCAGUUAUAUCUUUUUGUAUAUACACCAAUUAAUCCCUUCAUCAGGCAGUGAAGCAUUCUCGACUGGUAGUGCACAAGUGCAUCAGUGACCCUCAUGUUGUAGACAGGCUUGAAAUCUAACAGUAAAAUAAUUACAUAUGUUACUUCUGCUUUGCUGCAAUAACAACUUCCUGUGACAAAAGAAUUUUUCUUUUAUUCACUGUAAUAUAUCUUACUGAUUGUCCCACUUUCUAUAUGUCAUGUACAAGAGUUUUCCCUUCAACUUUUAUGUUUGUCCUCCAGGAGAAACCUGCACACUUUAGCUCAGUCCUACUUAAAUAUAACCAGAUUAUCAUAAGCAUGAUUUAUUUUCAGUGCCAAUCUGCAUUCUUCCAUCUCCCAUAGCUUACAGUAUGGAAUGGGGUGCUAGACAAUACCUCAGGUACUGUCUGGCACCCCAUUACAUGCAGAGACUACCUCUGAAAAUUAAUCAGGCAUGACAACAUUCUUAUACAUGUCAUAAUUCACACUGGUGACACAUCCUAGGAAGGCCCAUAUUAACAAUCGAUUCCUCAAAUUAUGUACGUAUUAUUAUGGGAAAAAUAUUAUCACAAAGCAUAAAAUGUGACUUCUGCAAUUUCUCUCCCAAAUACUUUGUGGGAAUAAUCAAAUCCAAAUGAGAAUGUAAACUCAUGCUGUCUCUGUACUAGCCCCACAAGGGCUAGCAUGGGGUUCCUAAUAUAAGAAAUUGGACUUUGCUUUCCCUUCUUUGGAUUGAACUUUAUUAAUUCCCAUUCCCAGGCAGUGUAUGACCCCUACGACCCCUCCUGGCAUAGUGCUUCCUCCUAAAUAUGAUAAUGCUACAUUGGCUACACUCUGAAGGAGAGGUGGAGAUAUAUUGCAGUUUUUUAACUAGUAUUGGCACUCCUCUGGCAAGAUAGUAUGGAGCAAGUGAUGAUAAAAGCAUUUCUUUUUGGGUCACCCUGCCUUGGUGGAAAAUGGCUGAUGUGUUAAAAAAAAAAAUAACUAUGAAUUUAGUAAGUAGAAGCCUCUCGUAGCUAGAGUUUUUAACAGUUCUGUGACCCAGUUGUAAUAUCUGUGGACUAGCAAUUCUAAAUUUAAGGAGGCCACUCUGAUUAACCAUAUUGAGUUAUCCUGUGGGUUAAUAAAUCAAAUAGUAUCUUCUGCUGAUAUAAAAUGAUAUCCAGGAGUUCUUGGCAAAUGUAUAUAGUUUAUAUACGUGUGGUAAGACAAAUAGCCUGAUUUGCGUCUUUUAAAUUUUGGGUUUAGCUCUUAGUUUUGAUAUACAACAAAGUUAAUUUCUUGGA